UGGUUUGGGAAGGGACACCCCAACAUGACUUUGUUUUUUGGAAAGUUUGUAGAGGGUGUCAAGAGCAUGCAACCCGUCCCCUGGCAGCAUGAAGGCACACAGCACUCGUCUAGAGCGUACAUCUUGUGCUGCUGCGUGGAUGCCCCCGCACGCGCAUCUGUGCAGAAUAUGGUACUGUUCAACGGGUACUACGGGUGCCCAUGGUGCCUAAUCAAGGGAGAUUACGUUGAUGGGAGCCUCAGAUUCCUCUCCUUUGAGGAUGCACGUGGGAGGACGUCAGCAGGUGUCCUACGGGACAUGAAGGUGGCCCUGGAGUCCUCCUUGGUCAUCAACGGCUACAAGGGUCCGUCUCCAGCCGUGAGCCUUCCAGACUUUGACCUGGUGUGGGGGUUCACGGUGGAGUACAUGCAUGCUGUACUCCUGGGCGUCAUUCGCCAGAUCACGGAGAUGCUGCUGUCGUCUGUAAACUCCAACGAGCGGUUCUACAUAGGCAGCCCCUCCUCUGUUGCUGCACUAGACAGGCGCCUGCUUUCCAUCACGCCUCCCCACUGUGUCACAAGGCUGCCGAGGUCCCUGGCAACUCGCACCAACUGGAAGGCGUCCGAGUGGAGGCAUUGGCUCCUUUACUACUGUCUCCCAUGUACACUUGGGAUCCUUCAUCCAAGGUACUGGAGCCACCUGGCCAAGCUUGUUGAAGGAGUGCACCUUCUCCUGAGAGAGGAGCUCACUUCGUCCUCAAUUGACCGUGCAGAUGCUCUACUGCGGACCUUUGUAGCCUCCACAGCGACACUGUACAAGGAUCAAGCCAUGACGUUCAACAUUCACCAGAUGCUCCACCUGGCAGAGGCGGCUCGGCAGAUGGGGCCGCUCUGGGGCCACUCUGCCUUUGUAUUUGAAAGUGGAAAUGGCCGCCUAGUAAAGCUUGUCACUGGCGCCAACGCAGUCCCCAGUCAGAUUGUGGAAAGUGUGUUCAUGGCACAACAGUUAGAUUCUUUCCUGGCCUCACCACUCGUGCCUGAUAGCGGCAAAGACGUGUGCCACAGAAUGCUGGGCUAUCCCAAGCUGGUCAACUUCGUUUCCAUAGGUGAUGUUGGCUUGCUUGGGUGCCCUAAAAAACUCGUCUUGUCUCCAGAAAUCAGGAUGGCACUUGCAGAGUAUGUUGAAGAGUGCCCUGCCCUUGCUGCCGAGUACCAGAGAUUUGUCCUCAAAGGGCAAAUCUUUCGCAGCAGGGCAAACAAAAAACUUCUGAAGUCUGACUCAUUUGUUAUCCAGACACAUGGCCUAGACUAUCGGGUUAUUCGAAAGAUCCUGUGUUUUCGGAACCAAGGUGCAAGCGUGUCGUAUGUUUGCGACCUGGCGAACAGCAUUGAACGGGAUUGA